AUGGAUAAUAAAAAGAGAGCACAAACGGAGGAAUUUUUUACAGAUUGCGCUCAACGCAAGAAGCAAAGAAUCAAAGAAUAUUGGAGUCCUUUUAAUGAGUGGAUAGCCAACAACUUUGAAUUCGUUAAAGAUGCCACAAACAACAGAUCUGAACUAAUCACUAGCGAAGAUUUUUGUAAAUUACUUUCACAACAAGAUGGCUUUCAACCAUAUUUAGAUAAACAUGUAACAAAUCAAGAAGUCGUUUUAGCUCAACACACUUUUAAAAGCUUAAACCAUAUUUUUGGAAUGGGAUCUUUCAAAUAUAUACGAGAUUCGAAAAAGAUCAAACCAUGGUACUUUCCUUUAAAAGUAGGUAUAGAUAGUGGAGACUAUCCAGAUUGUACACAGGUUGAGGCCUUUGAUGGUCCAUGUGGUAUGGAGCAAGAUAUUGGUUCACAUUUCAACCAUAUUCCAGAUUGUACACAGGUUGAAGCCUUUGAUGGUCCAUGUGGUAUGGAGCAAGAUAUUGGUUCACAUUUCAAACCAAACAGUAAAGUUCAGCUCAACAAUAUUUAUGAUAUGAAUACAACAUCGACAACAACAUCGACAACAACAUCGACAACAACAUCGACAACAACAUCGACAGCAACAUCUACAAUAACGUCGACAACAACAACGACAAUAAGCGGAAAGUCAAAUCAGAUAACAACCACUACAACUACCACCACAACCAAUUCUGAUAGAGUUCUAAAAAUGAGAGUUGAGGAAUUGGAGGAGCAACUAAAUUUUCUUAAAGGUGAACUCGAGAAGAAGAAAAUAAUACCUCCUUUUAAGCAACUGCCAUUAGGCAAGCCCAGAUAUACUCAGAAUAUGACCAAUAAAGAUGGUUUGUUAUAUCGUCUGGACUACACCGGUAUUGUAAAAUAUGAUUUGAGCAAAAUCAAUGAAACUGACCUUGACCUUAUCAUUUUGUGGGCAAACCAAAUAUUUCCUAAAGUUUCAGAUUCUCAACCGAGAAAGAUUGGAGUUAGGAAUCCUACAAACAGUAUCAGUAAAGCAGACCCAAUUUCUCAUUUUUGCCAAGGUCUGGAGUAUCCAGAAUAUAUUAAGAUGGCAUGCUUGAUUUAUGGUCCUUAUAUUUCUUCCCAAGCUGGUAUUUAUGGAUUAUAUUCUAAUGGAAAUUACUUCGCUUGCCCCAAAGAUACAACUACUAUAAACAGACUAUACAAAGGAAUCGCCAGAUGCGAUCAUUGUUCCCAAAUGUCGAAAAUAAUAUAUGACCGGUUGCAAAAGAUUAAGGCCAAUAAUGACAACAUACUGGAGAUUGACUAUGGAGGUGAUGGUGCCGAGAAUGAGAAUAACAUUGAUGAUGGUAAAGGGCCAUUACCAAAGCUGGUAGAGAGGAUGGUGGAAUUAUACCCUGAAAUCAAACAAUCAUUCUGGUAUCAUUAUAUGGAAGAGAGUUGUCUGCACAUCUUAAGUGGUCCAGGUGGUCACAAAUGGUCAUCCGAAAUCAUAGGAUUUGCAACCACUUUAAGGUUCAUUGCUGGAGAAGGUGCCAUUCAUUUUCUGCAAGGUGGAGCUGCUGAAAAGCAAAAUCGUCGUAUUGUUUACGAUAAAUCCAGAGUGGCAUUGCCAAUGCCCUCAAUAUCGACAAUUAAAAACCAUCUGCCACCAGUCAAAUACUAUUCAGAUGUGGUAAUAGAUGACUCUUUGUUGCCAGCCCUACGAAUAUUUGUAGAAAAACAUAAGCAUUAUGGUUUGGCUAUGGAUGAAAUAGAGAUAUCAGCAGGAGCUACUUAUGACCAGCACAGUUGUCAAGUGGUUGGGAUUGCCAAGGAACCAAUAACAGCUGAUAAUAUUAGUAAAUAUGAAGCAAUGUCUAAAGAUGAAAUCUAUCCUCGGUUCGCAUCAAAGAUCAUGAAAUAUAGCCUAUUAUCAAUAAUCGAAGGAGUUGCUUUUCCGCUUUGCUCAUUGCCAACCUCGAAGGUAGAUUCCAAUGAUGUUACUCAAUUUACACUCAAAAUUAUCGAAGAGUUGAAGUGUGUCAACCUCCAUGUGGUCAUGACAUCGACAGAUGGGUGUGAAAUUGGCGAUUUCUCCUUCACAAUGGAUAGCAAAGGAGUGUUCCACAUAUAUGAUUAUGUUCAUUUAACAAAAAACCUCCGCAACUAUCCAUUAAACAAAGUGCUUUACGAACCUAUUCCAUUAGAUGAAUCCACUGGCCAACCGAAGGAAUUUGCAGACGAAGAAAAGAAACUGAAUAGUCAUGGCUUUAGUUUAAAGGGUCUGCAUAUUCUAUUUGAGACAGAUUCUUUACCAGGUAUCAGUGACAUAUUGACUUUUGAAGUUACCGAUUAUUUGAAGGAGCAAGCUAACCACCCAGAGCUUGUUCGACUUUCCAGGUACCUAUCAGCCAUCAGAGAAUUUUACGAAAUAUUCGAUAGCCACGAGGAUGCAAAUCAACAACCAAUCCCUCUAUCCGAUAGAAUUCAAGAGUUAAAGAGGUUACAAACCUAUUUUAAAUCAAUUAAUGGUUUGCCACCUCAGUUUCACAAUCAUAUGGAGGCUACCAUCAAUGGACUGUCAAGUCUGGACCAAUGGUACAAAAAUACAUAUCCAAAUCUUCCACCAAUCACAAAGAUCUGCCACUUGGGUACCAAUUGUGUUGAAUGGUUCUUUUCUACAGUUCGGAGAAAGAUAUUUAAACCAAACUUCAUGAGUUUUUACCAGUACCAAAUGGCUGCCCUCCUUGAAAUGGUCAAGAAGCAUAACGACGAAUCGAUUUACAAGCCACAUCGGAAGACUUUUAAUGUAACUAGAAACUACAACUCAAACCAAGAUUUACAAUUCACAAAUUCCAUUUUGGAAUCUCUCCGCCCAAAUGAAACCAGAGGAGCAACCACCAAGAAAGAUACUGCAUCCCAAAGCAAACCAUCGGACCAAAUGAUAGAACGCCUCAAAGCCUUCUGUAGGAACUAUCCAUGCAUUAAGAGAAGAUUAACUUUCAGGCAAUCAACAUGCAGUAUCAAUCCAACCAUGACCAAAACUACAAGGGGCCAUCCAUGUCCAGAGAUCCUGUGUCCAAAGGUUUACAUUUAUACCAAACGCUUUAUUUCCCAUUUGAUGGAUGAUCAUAGAUACACUAAAGAGAGAGCCCAGGCCUGUCUCAAUGAUACCCCUGUGGAGGUGGAUAUAGAAGAAAUCAGUGGCGUAGAUGAAGACUUUCAUUUUGACUUUGAUCUGCUUCUUUCUUCAAGUAACUUUAUCCAAUUCCAAGCUUCAACCAGCCUACCGGUGUAUCCAGACGAAGUCGCCACAAAUCUAGAAAUCUUGAACCAGUACCAAUUAAUAGUACCAUCUGAUAGUAUUUUCGUUGCCCUGGAUUUAGAGGCCGCUGGAGAUGCUAUAUGCGAGAUAGCUGCCAUUGAUAUGACUACUUCCAAAUGUUUCACCUCUAUGGUCAACCCAGGACCUGGUGCCCCUUUCACAUAUUGUCCAGUCAGCAGUCAAGAAGUAACCCAACUUCCACACCACUGGAAUAGAGUUGGUCAAGCCUUUUACUCAUGGCUUGAAUCAUUACGUGAUAAUGAAUCACAAAUCAUAUAUCUGGUUGGACACAAUAUUAAAGGAUAUGAUUUAAAUAAGCUACAAAAAGAUUCAAUUAAACAUGCAAUCGGUACACCAACAAAUGUUAGAAUCAUCGAUACUCUUGACAACUUAGACUGGGCAAAGAAACACUACAGGUUUGAUAGUAAAAAGCUUCUGUCAUUAGCUGCCAUCUACAGCAUCUCGAAUCCUCACCCACAUAGAGCUCUAUUCGAUGUCAUUACAACUAUCAAAGUUAUCGAAAAACUUUACAAUGACCCAAUAAAUCCAAUCAGCGAAAUCAAACCAAAACCAAGUAUGUGGUCAUAUUUAUUAUUAACCCACGACAGUAUGAAAAAGGAUCAGAGAAACAAAAGAUUGGAUGACAGCGAUAGACCACAACCUCCAACAUCAUCUAAGACUACCAAUCCAUAUCAUUGUUCAUGUGGCGAACUAUUAAAAGGACACAAAGUCAAAGGACAAUGCCCAAAAAAAAUGAUGGAUGAUGGUUUUUUGGGUGAUUAA